GGUGCGUCCUGCCAGCAUGGCCGGGGAGGGAGACAAGAGGAAGCGCUUUAUUUCAGCCACGGCUGCUAACUACUUCGGACUGGAUCCAGCUGUGGGUCCCGCUGCCCUGGCCGCGGGGCUCCAUUCCCGUCCGGAGCUGACCAACUUCCUCGACGACGGCAAUGAGUUCCUCCUCGUCGUGCAGCACUCGGGCACCCAGCUCGCCGCGUCCAACAAGAUUGAAGCUACUGAUUCAAAGAAUAAUGUGUUGGUGUUCUUUAAGCUGCGACCUGAUGUAAUUACAGAAGAUAAUCUUCAUAGUAAUAUUCUUGUGUCAUCUAUGCUAGAUUCACCAAUUAACACCCUUUAUCAAGCUGUACGACAAGUUUUUGCACCAGUAUUACUGAAGGAUGAGAGAUGGAGUAAAACAUUUGAUCCCAAACUCCAGAAACUUUUAAGUGAGCUUGAAGCUGGCUUGAGUACUGUUCUCAGAAGAUCAGAUCCUAAUUACACAGGAACAAAAUUCAGUGAAGAUGAUGUGCGAGCUAUACUUACACCAACAGAUGAAUUUCAGUUCUGGAUAGAAUGUGCUCAUCAUGGAAGUAAAUGGUGUAGUAAAGAGAGAGCUUCUCAUUUUAAAGACCUAUUUGAGGACAUUGCAAAAGAUUAUUACAACUUGGAUAGUCUCUCAUUAUUUGAAGUUGUGGAUUUGGUGGAGACUACCAAAGAUACUGUUGAUGGUGUGUGGAGACAAACAGAACAUGAUCCUUAUCCACAGCCACGCAUGCAUAAUCUCUUGGAUGUAAUAGGUGGCUCGCUAGGUAGAUAUGUUCAGAGAAAACUAGCAGCUUUGAAUUUGUGGGAGGAUGCUUUUCACAGUGUUAAAGAAAAUGUAAAGGCUGGCAUCUUGAUUUGUGAGCAGUGGGUGUCAGCUUGUGAGUACCUAACUGGACAACUGUGGCAACGUUAUACUCUACAUCCAUGGAAAAAUGAGAAAUAUUUCCCUGAAUCGUUAGCCAAACUUGGCAAACGUCUUGAUGAGGUGCUAACUGUUAGAACACUGCAUGAAAAACUUACAUUCUUUCUGCCAGCUGGAGAACAAAAUGCUUUACAUCUUGUCCAAGUGUUUGAACCCUUUGCUGGCCUAAAUCCUGUACACUAUAAUCCUUACACAGAGCCAUUAUGGAAAGCAGCAGUCUCUCAGUAUGAAAGAAUUAUUGCACCAGCGGAACAAAAAAUAGCAAGCAAACUGAAGAAAUUUAUUUCAGAAAUUCAGGACAGUCCUCAGCAGCUUCUUCAAACAUUUCAGAAAUAUAAGGAACUGAUAAAGCAUCCAAAUAUAGGCAAAGAAUUGCUUUUUGAAAGGGAAACAUUGCUAGCAAGACUUCAAGAUUAUGUCAAAGACUAUCAGACAGAUUUUGAAACUCGAUGCCAUGGUGUUCCUGGUGAUGUUUCUGGACCACUGUCAGGCAAAAACCUUUCUGAAGUUGUCAAUAAUAUUGUAUGGGUACGGCAGCUGGAGAUGAAGGUGGAUGAUGCUAUCAAGCUGGCAGAGGUUCUUCUGUCUGACUUGUCUGGAUUUCAAACUUUUCAUCAAAGUGCAGAUUCUUUUCUGGAACAGUUAAAAGUAUAUGAACAAGAACAAUUUGAUGAUUGGUCUAGGAAUAUCCAGUCAGAAUUAUCAAAUCCCAAAUCAGGACUUUGCAUCCAAGCUAAUAGUCCUGUAAUGGAGUUGGAUCAUGUUUUUGGAACAUUAAACAUACUUUAUUCAGAUCGUUUGGUGACUCUCCUAAGAGAAGUACGUCAGCUAUCAGCACUUGGUUUUGCUAUACCGGCUAAAAUACAGCAUGUUGCAAACACUGCACAAAAGUUCUGUAAGCAGGCGGUCAUCCUCAAACAGGUGGCGCAUUUUUAUAAUUCUAUUGAUCAACAAAUGAUUGAGAGUCAGAAGCCAAUGAUGUUACAGUCUGCUCUAGCAUUUGAACAGAUAAUUAAGCAUUCAAAAUCUGGUCCUGGAGGAAAGGCUCAAAUAACAUGGGAUAAUCCUAGAGAAUUGGAAGCUUAUAUCCAAAAACUCAAAGCUGCUGCUGAACGGCUUUCCACUGAAAAUAGAAAACUAAGGAAGUGGCACACAAACUUCAUUGAAAAGGUUAUCUCUCUCAUGAAUAUUGAUCUACUUCGGCAGCAGCAGCGUUGGAAAGAUGGACUCCAGGAGCUCAGAACUGGUUUUGCCAGCCUUGAGUCACAGGGUUUCAAAUCAUGUGAUAUGAAAGCUUGGAGACAGCACUGGAAUCAUCAACUUUACAAAGCUCUGGAGCAUCAGUAUCAAAUGGGCUUAGAAGCACUCAAUGAGAAUUUACCAGAAAUAAAUAUUGACCUAACAUUCAAGCAAGGCCGGUUGCAAUUCAGACCUCCUUUUGAAGAAGUACGAGCUAGAUAUUACAGAGAAAUGAAGAGAUUCAUCUCCAUUCCAAAUCAGUUUAGGGGAGUAAGUGAAGUAGAAGAAGAGUCUAUAUUCACUGUUAUGACUGAAAGAAAUGCAAAUGGAUUUCUGACCGCUUUCAGCAAAGCAGAGGAUUUGUUCAGAAGGCUGACAGAAGUUUCUAAUCAGUUCAAGGAAUGGAUCGUAAUUGGCCAAGUAGAUAUGGAAACUCUGGUGAAGACACAUCUUUCUAGCAAACAGGACUGGGAAAAAAACUUCAAAGCAUUAAAAGUGAGAGGGAAAGAAGCAGAACGUCUUCCAAGCACCAUCAGGAUAGAUUGUUUAACUGUUAAUUGCAACCCUGUGAAAACUGUAAUUGAUGAUUUCAUCCAGAAGUUGUAUGAUGUUCUUGUCAUUUCUUUGAGAAAAUCUAUUCAAGCUCACUUAUAUGAUGUUUCUUCAUUUCUCACUGAUGCCAUGGAAACAUUAGUGGUUAGGCCCCAGACUGUAGACGAAAUAGCAGAAGACAAUUUAAAAUAUUUAAACCUGCAUGAACGAAAAGAAGGGAUUUUUCUCCUGUUUCAAGAGGCUGAAGAUAAAAACAAGCUUUUGCGAACUGUGGCUGGUGCAGGUUUGGACACUAUCAGUAACCUAAGAGCUAUAUGGGAUAAAUUUGAAUUAAUGAUGGAAAGCCACCAGCUUAUGAUUACAGAACAGAUUGAAAUGAUGAAAGGAAAUGUGAUUUCACGUAUUAAUAUAUAUCUUCAAGACCUGGAAAAGUUUAAAGCUCGUUGGGAUCAGCUAAAGCCAAGUGAUGAUGUCAUUGAAACAGGUGAUCAGGGUGUGCUCGAGAAAAGUGCUCAGAUCAUAAAGGAAAAAAAGAAAGAAUUUGAUGAACUUGAAACCGUGAAAGAAAAACUCAUUGAAGAAUGCCAUCAUUUUAAAUUGGAAGAGCCUGACUUCUCAUUGUCAAAAGUUGUAUGUCAAGAUAUUAAGAGUUGUGCAGGAGUCUGGGCAUCGUAUGAAGAGUUUUAUCAAGGUUUUGAGGAAAAAGCCAAAGAAGACUGGAUUACUUUUAGGAGUAAAACAUACCUAUUUGAAGAAUUUUUGUUUAACUGGCAUGACAAAAUGAGAAAGAUGGAAGAACAUACUGUAAUGACAGUAAAAUUGCAAAAAGAAGUGGACAAAUAUAAAAUGAUAAUUCCACUCCUAAAAUAUAUAAGAGGAGAACAUCUUUCUGCAGACCAUUGGCUGGAUCUCUUUCGUCUUCUGGGUCUUCCCCGAGGCACUACACUUGAGGGUUUGUUAUUUGGAGAUCUGCUAAAAGUGGCGGAUGCCAUUGUAGAAAAAGCAACGGAACUUAAGGAUUUGAAUUGUCGGGCCCAAGGUGAAGUCACAAUCAGAGAAGCAUUACGUGAGCUUGAACUCUGGGGAGUUGGAGCUGUCUUUACAUUAACAGAUUAUGAAGAUAGCCAAGGCAAGACUAUCAGGCUUAUUAAAGACUGGAAGGACAUAGUCAACCAAGUUGGAGAUCAUCGCUGUCUUCUACAGUCCCUCAAGGACUCUCCAUAUUACAAAGGUUUUGAAGAUAAAGUCUCCAUCUGGGAAAAAAAGCUGGCUGAGCUGGAUGAGUAUCUGCAGAAUUUAAACCAAAUUCAAAGGAAAUGGGUCUAUUUGGAACCGAUAUUUGGUCGUGGUGCUCUGCCUAAAGAACAGGCUCGUUUUAACAGAGUUGAUGAAGACUUUAGAUCCAUUAUGUCAGAUAUCAAGAGUGACAAUAGGAUAACAUCACUGAAUGUCCGGACAGGAAUAAGAAAUACCUUGAUUACCAUACUUGACCAGCUUCAGAGGUGUCAGAGAUCUUUGAAUGAGUUUUUGGAGGAAAAGCGCUCAGCAUUUCCAAGAUUCUAUUUCAUUGGAGAUGAUGACUUACUAGAAAUUUUAGGACAGUCCACGAAUCCUCUGGUUAUCCAGUCUCAUCUUAAGAAGCUUUUUUCUGGCAUUAAUAGUGUGAGCUUUGAUGAAGAAUUUAAAUACAUAGUUGCCAUGAAGUCUGUAGAAGGAGAAACUGUGUCACUUAGAAAUAAAGUUCUUCUGUCAAAUGAUGUGGAGGUGUGGCUAAACAGUUUGGCUUUGGAGAUGAAGGAGACCCUGAAAAAAAUGUUAAUUGACUGUGUUGAUGCUGGAAAAAAAUCACAAGGUUCAAUUGAUCCAUCGCUCUUUCCUUCGCAGAUUCUUUCCUUGGCAGAACAAAUUCAGUUCACUGAAGAUGUUGAAAGUGCUAUCAAAGACCAUAAUCUGCAACAAUUAGAAUUAGAACUUACGGCUAAACUGGAACAUUAUACUAGCAUUGAUACUAGUAUAGAAGAUACUGGGAGUACAGAAUCAGGAAUCCUUGAGCUCAAGCUUAAAGCUCUGAUUCUUGAUAUCAUUCAUAACAUUGAUGUGGUGAAGCAGCUGAAUCAAGCUCAGGUUCACAACGUUGAAGACUGGGUUUGGAAGAAGCAGCUGAGAUUUUAUAUGAAAGACCAAAAAUGUUAUGUUCAGAUGGUAGAUGCUGAACUCCAAUAUACUUACGAAUAUCAGGGUAAUUCCCCUAAACUUGUUUACACACCUUUGACAGAUAAGUGUUACCUAACUCUUACUCAGGCUAUGAAGAUGGGCCUUGGAGGAAAUCCCUAUGGUCCAGCUGGAACUGGAAAGACAGAAUCAGUGAAGGCCUUGGGUGGACUUCUUGGAAGACAAGUAUUAGUCUUUAAUUGUGAUGAGGGUAUUGAUGUGAAGUCGAUGGGGCGCAUAUUUGUGGGCUUAGUGAAGUGUGGUGCCUGGGGCUGUUUUGAUGAAUUCAAUAGACUUGAGGAAGCUGUAUUGUCUGCAGUAUCCAUGCAGAUUCAGACAAUUCAACAUGCAUUGAAGAGACAUAGUCCUGUAUGUGAGAUGCUUGGCAAAAAGGUUGAAAUGGAUCAUAAUUCUGGAAUUUUUAUCACUCUGAAUCCUGCUGGAAAAGGUUAUGGAGGAAGACAAAAACUGCCUGAUAACCUCAAACAACUUUUUAGGCCAGUUGCUAUGACUCAUCCAGACAACGAACUCAUUGCAGAAGUGAUUUUGUAUUCAGAAGGCUUUAAGGAUGCUAAAAUACUCGGUAGAAAAUUAGUGGCUAUUUUUAAUCUAGCAAGGGAGCUUCUGACACCACAGCAGCACUAUGAUUGGGGUUUACGAGCAUUGAAGACUGUUUUGAGAGGCUGUGGCAGUCUUCUUCAUCAGCUGAAGAAAAGUGAAGCAAGGCAAGAAAUUAAUGAAAGUCACAUGGUGGUUCAAGCUCUGCGGCUUAAUACCAUGUCAAAGCUUACAUUUGCAGACUGUGCACGAUUUGAUGCGCUGGUUAAAGAUGUAUUUCCUGGUAUUGACUUUAAAGAUGUGGAGUAUGCUGAGUUAACUACAGCUUUACAAAAAGUCUUUGAAGAAGCAAACUUGGAAAUUAUAAGCACCCAGAUUAAGAAGGCUUUGGAAUUAUAUGAACAACUACGUCAAAGAAUGGGCGUAGUUAUUGUAGGUCCAAGUGGUGCAGGUAAAUCAACACUCUGGCGGAUGUUAAAGACAGCACUUGGUAAAACUGGCAAAGUAGUGAAACAGUAUACUAUGAAUCCCAAAGCUAUGCCUCGACAUCAGUUGCUAGGCCAUAUUGACAUGGAUACCAGAGAAUGGUCUGAUGGUGUGCUUACAAAUAGUGCUCGACAAGUGGUACGAGAACCCCGAGAUAUUACUUCAUGGAUAAUUUGUGAUGGUGAUAUUGAUCCUGAAUGGAUUGAAUCUUUGAAUUCCGUUUUGGAUGACAACAGAUUGUUGACUAUGCCCAGUGGGGAAAGAAUUCAGUUUGGCUCAAAUGUCAACUUUAUAUUUGAAACUCAUGACCUUAGCUGUGCCUCUCCUGCUACAAUAUCUCGAAUGGGAAUGAUCUUUCUGAGUGAUGAAGAUACAGAUCUUAAUUCUCUGAUAAAGUCUUGGCUAAGAAGUCAGCCGGAAGAAUGCAGAUACAACCUUGAAAACUGGAUUGGGAACUAUUUUGAAAAGGCUUUAAACUGGGUUGUGAAGAAGAAUGACUCUGUGGUAGAAACAAGUUUAGUUGGAACUGUGAUGAAUGGACUGUCUCAUCUUCAUGGGUGUACUGAUCGUGGACAGUUUAUUAUUAACUUAUUACGGGGUCUUGGUGGCAAUCUGAACAUGAAAUCACGACAAGAAUUUGCAAAAGAGAUCUUCAGUUGGGCACAAGAAUCUCCACCAGAUCCGAGGAAGCCCCUGGACACAUAUUAUGACACUGACACUGGACAGCUAAUGCUGUAUCAGCUGAAAAAAACUGAAAGUCUAACAGUUGAUGACUUCAGUAACCUCCAAACACUUCCCGUCAUCCAAACCCCUGACAUGCAGAGAGGUUUAGAUUACUUUAGACCCUGGCUAGACUUUAACAAUAAGCAGCCAUUUCUUCUUGUGGGUCCUGAAGGAUGUGGAAAGGGGAUGCUGCUUCAUUAUGCAUUUUCUCAACUCCGAUCCACUCAGAUUGCUACCAUUCACUGCAGUGCACAAACUACCUCUCAACAUCUUCUACAAAAAUUGAGCCAAACUUGCAUUGUAAUCAGUACAAACACUGGGCGAGUAUACAGACCAAAGGACUGCGAAAGGCUUGUUUUGUACUUGAAGGAUAUCAAUCUACCCAAACCUGAUAAAUGGGGAACAAGCACUCUGGUGGCUUUUCUACAGCAGGUCCUUACAUAUCAAGGAUUUUACGAUGAAAAUCUGGAAUGGGUUGGUUUAGAAAACAUCCAAAUUGUGGCUUCCAUGUCUGCUGGAGGAACAUUAGGAAGACAUAAACUUACCUCCAGAUUUACUUCUAUUGUUCGUCUCUGUGCAAUUGACUAUCCAGAAAGAGACCAACUGCAAACUAUUUAUAGUGCCUACUUGGAACCUGUACUACAGAAAAACCUAAAGAAUCACCCUGUUUGGGGUUCUUUACCAAAAAUACAUCAACUAGCAGGAUCUAUGGUUCAAGUAUAUGAACAGGUACGAACGAAAUUCACAGUUGAUGAUCACAGUCAUUACCUUUUUACACCAUGUAUUCUUACUCAGUGGGUUCUUGGUCUAUUCAGAUAUGAUUUAGCAGGUGGAUCAUCGAUACAAACUGUAGACUAUGUAUUGGAAAUUGUUGUUUACGAAGCACGUCGUUUGUUCCGUGACAAAAUUGUUGGCAUAAAAGAACUCCAUGUAUUUGAUAAUGUUUUGAUGAAAGUGUUUCAAGGUGAUUGGGGCUCAGAUGUUCUGGACAAUAUGGCAGAUAUCUUCUAUGUAACUUGGGGAUCUUGUCAAGAGGCAUUCAUUACACCAGGACAGGCACUACCACCACAUGGGAGGCCACUUGGCAGACUAAACUCAACAGACCUGAAAGAUAUUAUUCAAAAAGGUAUUAUUCAUUAUGGGCGAGACAAAAAAGAGUUAGAGAUUUUACUGUUCCAAGAAGUCCUCAGUUAUAUGUCUAAAGUGGACAGAGUGCUAAGUUUUCCUGGAGGAUCACUUCUUUUGGCAGGACGGAGUGGUGUAGGUCGUCGAACAGUUACCUCUUUAGUUAGUCAUAUGCAUGGAGCUGUUCUGAUUACUCCCAAAAUUUCCAGAGGCUAUGAGCUGAAGCAGUUCAAAAAUGAUCUUAAAUAUGUGAUGGAGCUUGCGGGCAUUGAAGCACAGCAGGUGGUAUUGCUGCUCGAAGACUAUCAGUUUGUUCAUUCCACGUUCCUUGAGAUGAUCAACAGUUUACUGUCUUCAGGAGAAGUUCCUGGGCUAUAUAAAAUAGAAGAAUUAGAACCACUGCUAUCUCCUCUGAAGGAUCAAGCUUCACAAGAUGGAUUUACAGGACCGAUUUUCAACUAUUUCACAUACCGGAUCCAACAAAAUCUGCAUGUUGUCUUGAUCAUGGAUUCUACCAAUUUAAAUUUCACAAUAAACUGUGAAAGUAAUCCAGCACUGUACAAGAAAUGUCAGGUUUUGUGGAUGGAAACCUGGUCAGAAAGCAGUAUGAAAAAGGAUAUUCACAGUGAUUCUGAUUUUCUGAAGUCAUUUCUGGCAAUCCAUGAAUCAUGUAAAAUGUAUGGAGCAACGCCUAGCAGGUAUAUGACAUUCCUUCAUAUAUACAGUACCAUCAAUAACAGUAAAAGAAGAGAGCUGAUAAAAAGGCAGAACCACUUGCAGGCAGGUGUUUCAAAGCUGAAUGAAGCUAAAGCCCUGGUAGAUGAACUGAACAGAAAAGCUGGAGAACAAAGUAUUUUACUCAAAAUGAAGCAGGAUGAGGCUGAUGCUGCCCUUCAAGAAAUUACAGUGUCUAUGCAGAGUGCUAGCGAGCAAAAAACAGAAAUGGAAAAAAUAAAACACCGGAUAGCAGAAGAGGCUGCAGAAAUAGAAGAAAGAAAAAGAAAAAUUGAAGAUGAACUAAAAGAGGUUCAGCCACUGGUUAAUGAAGCUAAAUUAGCAGUUGGAAAUAUAAAGCCAGAGUCUUUGUCAGAAAUCCGGUCACUACGAAUGCCCCCUGACAUAAUCAGAGACAUACUAGAAGGCGUUUUACGGCUGAUGGGGAUUUUUGAUACAUCAUGGGUGAGCAUGAAGAGUUUCUUGGCCAAAAGAGGCGUGAGGGAGGACAUAGCAACCUUUGAUGCCCGUAAUAUUCCAAAAGAAAUACGAGAGAGUGUUGAAGAACUUCUUUCUAAAAACAGAACAUCUUUUGAUCCAAAGAAUGCUAAACGAGCCAGUGCGGCAGCUGCUCCAUUAGCAGCUUGGGUGAAUGCCAAUGUCCAGUAUUCCCAUGUCCUAGAACGAAUUCAGCCUUUGGAAAAAGAAAAGGCUGGCUUAGAAGCUAAUCUCAAGAAAACUGAAGACAGAAAACAGAAGUUAGAAGAUCUUCUGAACUCUGUUGGUCAAAAAGUAUUGGAACUGAAAGAUAAGUUCCAGAGUAGAACAACAGAAGCAGCAAAACUUGAAGCAGAACUAAGUAAAGCUCAGAAAACAUUGAAAGCUGCAGAGGUACUGAUAAAUCAACUCGAUAGGGAACACAAAAGAUGGAGCACCCAGGUGUCAGAAAUAACAGAUGAACUGGCUACGUUGCCUAAAAGAGCUCAGUUAGCAGCUGCAUUUAUUACCUAUCUUUCUGCUGCUCCUGAGGAUCAGAGGAAAACCAGCUUGGAUGAAUGGACCAAAUCAGCAGGCCUUGAAAAGUUCGAUUUACGGCGGUUCCUGUGUACAGAAAGUGAGGAGUUAGUUUGGAAAAGUGAAGGUUUACCUUCAGAUGACCUUUCAAUAGAAAAUGCUCUUGUCAUCUUGCAGAGUAAAGUUUGCCCAUUUUUGAUAGACCCUUCUUUCCGGGCUACUGAAUGGUUGAAGACACAUUUGAAGGAAUCACAUUUGGAAGUUAUUAACCAACAGGACACCAACUUCCUAACUGCUCUUGAGCUGGCAGUGAGAUUUGGGAAAACACUUAUUAUACAGGAAAUGGAUGGAGUGGAGCCUGUACUUUACCCGUUGCUAAGAAGAGAUCUUGUUGCUCAAGGGCCCCGUUAUGCUAUACAAAUAGGUGAAAAAAUGAUAGAUUAUAAUGAAGAGUUCCGUCUUUUUCUGUCGACAAGGAACCCGAAUCCCUCCAUUCCACCUGAUGCUUCUUCUAUUGUUACAGAAGUAAACUUUACCACAACUGGAAGUGGCUUAAGAGGACAGCUUUUGGCUUUAACAAUAAAGCACGAAAAGCCUGAUUUGGAAGAGCAGAAGACAAAACUGUUACAGCAAGAAGAAGAUAAGAAGAUACAGUUAGCUAAACUGGAGGAAUCUCUUUUGGAGACGCUUGCAACAUCACAAGGCAAUAUACUAGAAAAUAAGGAUCUGAUUGAAUCUUUGAAUCAGACUAAAGCAAGUAGUGCACUCAUCCAAGAAUCACUUGCUGAAUCUCACAGACUUCAGAGUUUCCUUGAUAAGGAGAGGGACGCCUAUCUCCCUUUAGCUGAGAGUGCUAGCAAGAUGUACUUUAUUAUCUCUGACUUGUCCAAAAUUAAUAAUAUGUACCGGUUUAGUUUGGCGGCUUUCCUGCGGCUUUUCCAAAGGACUCUGCAAAGCGAGCAGGAUUCAAGUAAUACUGAGGAAAGAAUCAAGUCACUUAUUGGCUCAUUGAAACAUACAGUGUAUGAAUAUGUUUGUCAUUGUUUGUUUAAGGCUGAUCAGCUAAUGUUUGCUCUACAUUUUGUACGAGGAAUGCACCCUGAACUUUUUCAAGAGAAUGAAUGGGAGACUUUUACAGGUGUGAUCAUUGGAGAUACCGUAAGAAAAUCAGAUUCACAAAGAAGUGUUCGUGACCAGAUUCCUUCUUGGAUAGAACAGGACCGAGCCUGGGCAGUAGCAUCUUUGAAGAUUUCUCUUCCAGGUCUCUAUCAGACACUUUGCUUUGAAGAUGAAGGUCUGUGGCACACUUUUUCUCAGAGCUCUGUGUGUGAACAAGACUUUCCAUCUACUGUAGUAAAAAGAAUUUCCUUAUUUCAGCAGGUACUUGUGGUCCAGGCUGUCAGACCAGACAGGCUACAGAGUGCCAUGGCUCUUUUUGCAUCUAAAACCCUAGGAAUAAAAGAAUUAUCUCCAUCACCUCUGAAUUUGAAACGUCUGUAUAAAGAAACUCUGGAAAUUGAGCCCAUCUUGAUAAUUAUUUCUCCUGGUGCUGAUCCUUCUCAAGAAUUGCAAGAACUUGCCAGUGUUGAAAGAAAUACUGAGUGCUACCAUCAGAUUGCAAUGGGCCAAGGCCAAGCAGACCUGGCUAUUCAAACUUUAAAAGAAUGUGCACGCAAUGGAGAAUGGCUGUGUUUAAAGAACCUGCAUCUUGUUACAUCUUGGCUUCCUGUAUUGGAAAAGGAACUGAAUACAUUACAGCCUCAAUCAAACUUCCGCCUUUGGCUUACUACUGAAGUUCAUCCAAAAUUUACUCCGAUUUUGCUUCAGUCAAGUCUGAAAAUAACUUACGAAGCACCUCCGGGCCUCAAAAAGAAUCUCUUGCGAACCUAUGAAUCUUGGACACCAGAGCAAAUUAAUAAAAAGGGAAAUUUGUCUCGAGCACAUUCUCUCUUUUGUUUAGCAUGGUUUCAUGCUGUAUGCCAAGAAAGAAGAAAUUAUAUACCUCAGGGUUGGACCAAGUUUUAUGAAUUUUCUUUAUCUGAUCUCCGUGCUGGUUUUGACAUUAUUGAUAGACUUUUUGAGGGUUCCAAAGAUUUUCAGUGGGAAUUUGUGCAUGGCUUGUUUGAAAAUGCAAUUUAUGGAGGCCGUGUAGAUAAUUACUUCGAUAUGAGGGUUCUUCGGUCCUACUUGGAGCAGCUUUUCAAUCUACAAGUCAUUGGCAGUUUAAAUGCUAGAGGCAAGAAGAUGACUAGUUUCCCGUAUUCAAUCUCUUUACCGAAUUCCUGCAGUAUUUUGGAUUAUCGUAGUAUUAUUGAAAGCCUUCCAGAAGAUGACAAACCUGACUUUUUUGGCCUGCCUGCUAAUAUUGCUCGUUCAUCACAACGUAUGAUCAGUUCCCAGGUCAUUUCACAGCUUCGGAUCCUGAGCAGGUCAGUAACUGCUGGCUGCAAAUUUGACAGAGAAAUAUGGUCUACUGAACUUUCCCCUGUUCUCAACCUAUGGAAGAAACUUAAUCAGAAUUCUAACCUGAUUCAUCAGAAGGUGUCUCCUCCUGUGGAGCAACAAGGAUCUCCAAUCUUAUCAUUCAUUACUCUGGAACAAUUCAAUGCCAUUCGCCUUCUGCAAAGUGUCCAUCAGUCACUUGCUUCUUUAAGUAAAGUUAUCAGAGGUACCUCAUUACUGAGUUCUGAAGUACAAAGGCUAGCAAGCGCUCUGCUAAAUCAGAAGUGUCCCCUCAAAUGGCAAACCAAGUGGGAAGGUCCAGAAGAUCCUUUACAAUAUCUUAGAAGUCUUGUAGCUCGAACGCUUGCUAUACAGAAUUGGGUAGAAAAAGCAGAGAAAGAGAAACUACUGUCAGACACCCUUGACCUUUCAGAGCUAUUUCAUCCAGACACAUUUCUCAAUGCCUUACGCCAGGAGACUGCAAGAGUAAUGAGCUGUUCAGUGGACAGCCUUAAAUUUACAGCGUCAUGGAAAGGGCGAAUACAGGAAGGCAAACUCCAAGUUAAGAUCAGUGGCUUACAACUGGAAGGCUGCAGUUUUGAUGGAAGUCGACUUUCAGAAAAUCUUCAUGAUUCUCCCAGUGUGUCAUCUGUUCUCCCUUGUUACAUGGCCUGGAUUCCACAGGAUGCAUAUGGUCCAUAUUCUCCAGAGGAAUGCAUAUCUUUACCAGUCUACACUAGCAUGGAGAGAGACCGUGUGGUGACAAAUAUUGAUGUACCUUGUGGAGGAAACCAAGACCAGUGGAUUCAAUGUGGUGCUGCUUUAUUUUUAAAAAAUCAGUAAUCUGAAACUGCAUUAAAUUAACUCUUGAAGUUAAAAAU